UACGCACACUACGCACAGAUGGCGUGUCGAGAGGAGUAAAUAACUGUGUGUAUGUGUAACUUUAGUCCCUAUAGGUUUGGUGACCUCUUCCUGACCUCUCGGUGCUAAAUGCUGCGGCGCUGCUGCUCGGACUUCCCCGCAGCUUCUCUUUGGGAGGUGUUUAUUUCCCGGUAACCGUUCGUCUCCCGGUGCGUCCGGUGAGCCUGAGACUCUCUCUCUCUCUCUCUCUCUCGCUCUCGUGUGCGGACAUGUCGGGACAGAAACCGUCGUUGAAGAGCGGCGGCUCCCCACAGAGCCGCUUCCAGGUGGACGUUGUGACGGAAGCGGCCUCCUCCAAUGAGGGCUCCUCCAAGCCGCAGCCCGAGGAGUCCAAGAGCCGGCUGCGGGUGGUGGGCUUCCUGGACUCGGUGGCGCUGGGCAGCGCCAUGGACAUCGGGCUGCCGCCGGACGUGUCCCACGACCCGGAGGCGGCGCGGAGCGACUCGGUCAGCCUCCACUCCACGGGCACCGGACACACGCACAUCUCCGACAGCCACUCCAACACCUACUACAUGAGGACCUUCGGACACAACACCAUCGACGCGGUGCCCAACAUCGACUUCUAUCGGCACACCGCCGCCACUCUCGGGGAGAAGCUCACCCGGCCGUCGCUGUCGGAGCUGCACGACGAACUGGACAAAGAUCCAUUUGAGGACGGUCUGACCAAUGGCGAGGAGCCGUCGGCGGCUGAGCUGGCGGCGGCUCUGGCGGCGAAGGAGGCGAAAGGAGGAUCCAUCAAGUUCGGUUGGGUCAAAGGAGUCUUGAUCCGAUGCAUGCUGAACAUCUGGGGUGUGAUGCUCUUCAUCAGGAUGUCCUGGAUCGUUGGACAGGCUGGAAUCGGACUCACCAUCGCGGUCAUCCUGAUGGCCACUGUGGUCACCACCAUCACUGGUCUGUCAACUUCUGCUAUAGCAACCAACGGCUUCGUGCGAGGAGGAGGAGCGUACUACCUGAUCUCCCGGAGCCUGGGGCCGGAGUUCGGAGGCUCCAUCGGCCUCAUCUUCGCCUUCGCCAACGCCGUGGCCGUGGCCAUGUACGUUGUGGGCUUCGCGGAGACGGUCGUUGAGAUGCUCAGCGACGUCGACGCCCUGAUGACCGACGAGCUCAACGACAUUCGCAUCGUCGGGACUCUGACCGUCAUCCUGCUGCUGGGCAUCUCUGUCGCCGGGAUGGAGUGGGAAGCCAAGGCUCAGAUCGUCCUCCUGGUCAUCCUGCUGGCCGCCAUCGCAAACUACUUCAUCGGAAGCUUCAUUGCAGUAGAAAACAAAGAGCCGAAAGGAUUCUUCGGCUACAGUUCUGCCAUCUUUUUAGAGAACCUGAGUCCGGACUUCAGAGACGAGGAGACGUUCUUCUCGAUGUUCGCCAUUUUCUUUCCCGCGGCCACCGGAAUCCUGGCCGGAGCCAACAUCUCCGGAGACCUCGCGGACCCUCAGUCAGCGAUCCCUAAAGGUACCCUGCUGGCCAUCCUCAUCACAGGAGUCACCUACGUGGUCAUCACCAUCUCUGCAGGCUCGUGCAUCGUGCGUGACGCCACCGGCGACCACAACGACACGGUAAGCGACACGGUGAACUGCACCGACGCCGCCUGCACGCUGGGCUACGACUUCUCCAUCUGCAAAGAGGGUGGCUGCCAGUACGGCCUGAUGAACGACUUCCAGGUCAUGGGGCUGGUGUCGGGCUUCAGUCCUCUGAUCUCCGCGGGGAUCUUCUCCGCCACUCUGUCGUCGGCUCUGGCCUCGCUGGUCAGCGCACCCAAAGUCUUCCAGGCUCUGUGCAAGGACAACAUCUACCCCGGGCUGGGAGUGUUUGCAAAAGGCUACGGGAAGAACAACGAGCCUCUCCGCGGCUACGUGCUGACCUUCUUCAUCGGCCUGGCCUUCAUUCUCAUCGCGCAGCUGAACGUCAUCGCUCCGAUCAUCUCCAACUUCUUCCUGGCCUCGUACGCCCUCAUCAACUUCUCCGUGUUCCACGCCUCCUUGGCCAACUCUCCCGGGUGGCGCCCCAGCUUCAAGUACUACAACAUGUGGGUGUCCCUGGCCGGCGCCGUGCUGUGCUGCGUCGUGAUGUUCGUCAUCAACUGGUGGGCGGCGCUGGUCACGCUGCUCAUUGUGCUCGCGCUCUACAUCUACGUCAGCUACAAGAAGCCUGACGUGAACUGGGGCUCCUCCACUCAGGCUCUGAUCUACAACCAGGCUCUGACUCACUGCAUGAACCUCACCGGAGUCGAGGACCACGUCAAGAACUUCAGGCCUCAGUGUCUGGUUCUGUCCGGUUACCCGAGCUCCCGCCCCGCCCUGCUGCAGCUGGUCCACUCCUUCACCAAGAACGUGGGCCUCAUGGUGUGCGCCCACGUGACAACGGUGAGCCGGCGGCCCAACCUGAAGGAGGUGUCCCAGGAGAACGCCCGCUGCCAGCGCUGGCUCAACAAGAAGCGCCUGCAGGCCUUCUACAUCCACGUGUUCUCUGACAGCUUGAGGCACGGGGCGCAGUUCCUCAUGCAGGCUGUAGGUUUGGGUCGUCUGAAGCCCAACACGUUGGUCAUGGGGUUCAAGAACAACUGGAGUGAUGGAGACAUGCGAGAUGUGGAGAUCUACAUCAACACCAUCCACGACGCCUUCGACCUGCAGUUCGGAGUCGCCAUCCUUCGCCUGCAGGACGGCCUGGACGUCUCCCACAUCCAGGGUCAAGAUGAGAUUGUGUCGCCCCAUGAGAAGCGGCCGGGCGGCAAGAAGGAGGUGGUGGUUUCUGUCAUUCUGACCAAAGAGUCCGACUCCGACUCCUGUCCGUCAAAAACCACGAGCAGCCAGAGCAGCCCGCUCAUCAUGAGAGCAGCUCCAGAGACCAAGUGUCCUCUGAGCCUCAGCGACCAGCGGCUGCUGGACACCAGCCAGCAGUUCAAGAGGAAACAGGGCAAAGGAACCAUCGACGUGUGGUGGCUGUUUGAUGAUGGAGGCCUCACGCUGCUGAUUCCCUUCCUGCUGACCAACAGGAGCAAAUGGAACGACUGCAGGAUCCGAGUCUUCAUCGGCGGGAAGAUCAACCGCAUCGACCACGACCGCCGAGCCAUGGCCACGCUGCUCAGCAGGUUCAGGAUCGACUACUCGGACAUCCACGUCCUCGGAGACAUCAACACCAAACCCAAGAAACACAAUAAGCUGAGCUUCAAGGAGCUCAUCGAGCCGUACCGGCUGAAGGAGGACGACAUGGAGCAGGAGGCUGCAGAGAGGCUGAAGGCCCAGGAGCCCUGGAGGAUCACAGACAACGAGCUGGAGCUCUACAGGGCCAAGAACAACCGUCAGAUCCGACUGAACGAGCUGCUGAAGGAACACUCGAGUGCGGCGAAGCUCAUCGUCAUGAGCAUGCCUCUGGCCAGGAAGGGCACGGUGUCCAGCGCCCUCUACAUGUGCUGGCUGGAGACGCUGUCCAAGGACCUCCCCCCCCUGCUGCUGGUCCGGGGGAACCACCAGAGUGUGCUCACCUUCUACUCCUAACACACACACACACACACACACACACACACACACACACACACACAAUAUUUGUGUCACAGACCUGAAACUUUCCUGCUGUGGAAAAAAGAGAGAAAAGGUUAAUUAAUUAAUAAUUAAUCAUUUGUGUAUCAAUGUACGUUUCUUUUUUUUAAUCUUCAACAAUAAUUGGCUGUAUAUUAUUUAUUUUUCUUCUGUCUGUAUUUUAUGUAAAACUUUCGUAAAUAUUAACUUAUUUUUAUUGUUUAUUUGUAUUGAUAAAGUCACGUUAGCUGGUAUUAGGGUCGAUUAACGAGACAAACUAACGUUAUUUUGUAUGUUAUUUUAUUAAAAUAUUAAUGUCUGUUUCCA